GGCCGGCCUCCCCCCCUCCCCGCAUCACUUCCGGGAGGCUAGCAGUCAGCUGGCGGCGCGGCGCGACGUAAGGCUGCGUGCCCGACGCCGCACGCACGGUGAGGGCAGGGAGGGCGAGGCGCAGCCCACCGCCGGAGCGCCGCGGGGGCGGAGAGGGGCCGAGCCGCCGCGGGGAGGGUGCGGAGAGGGGUGGCGGAGAGCCGCGGCGUGGAGAUGACACCAGUUACUCGACAAGAAGUUCUUGGCCUUUACCGCAAGAUAUUCCGGAUAGCCAAAAAAUGGCAAUCAGCAUCAGGACAGGUAGAAGAAACUCUUAAAGAGAAAGAUUACAUUAAGAAAGAAGCCAAAACAUUGUUCCGAAAAAACAAAGAUGUAACAGAUCCAAAGUUGAUUAAGCAGUGCAUAGAAGAAUGUGAGGCAAGAAUAGAAAUUGGACUUCAUUAUAACAUCCCCUACCCAAGACCUAUUCAUCUGCCUCCUAUGGGUCUUGCCCAUAAACAAGGCCGUACAUUUCGACAACAGGAAAAGUUGAGGAAGAUUUCUAAGCCAAUAUACCUGAAAUCCCAUGAUGAAAUUUCAUAACCCAUCACUAAACUGUGAUGUGUUUGGACUGUAAUCCAGGUGAUUUGUGUGCACAACUGUGAAUGAAGCUGUUUUGGUCACUUGCUCCCACAUUUCCUGAGGCCAGAAAGCUAACUGAUGUAAUGCAUAUGAUGGAUAAGGUUGGUCUAAUACUAUUCAACCAUUGACUCAUCAAUAAAAGUAGCACUUUUCAAGGA